UAGAGAAGGGAUUGAGAUCAGUGCAAAGCUUUAAAUAUGCAGAGGCAUCCUCAGACUCAACGGUACGCUACUGAAACUGGGUUUGUGCAAUUGCUCGUCGAUUUGCCGUGUCUACUGCGAAGACUAAUCACCUACUCAUUCACGAAUUCGAUCCGAUCGGCUUCGGUCUUGGGCGCCGUCCGUUUGUCUGUCUAGACUCUAUUUGCUGAUUUGACAUCUUUUUCCUCCAAUUGCCCAUUGAGAAGGGAGGGAAACAAUGGCAGGGAAGCUGCCAAGGAAUCCUUCUCAGGAUGUAACUGCAGAAGUAAUCUUGCCGAAUGAUCUUCAGUGCUUUACGCAUAAAUGGUACUUAAGUAGAGAAGAAAUAGUGCAUCAUUCUCCAUCAAGGAAGGAUGGCAUAGAAAAUGAGACAGAGUCAGAGAUCCGGAAGCUCUACUGCUCAUUUUGCCAAGAGCUUGGGAGGAAGCUUAAAGUGUCACAGGUCGUAGUAGGAAUUGCAAUUAUGUUGUGCCAUCGGUUUUACAUGCGACAAUCUCAUGCAAAGAAUGAUUGGCAGAUCAUUGCAACUGUGAGCAUCUUCCUUGCUUGCAAAUCUGAGGAUACACCACGCAAGCUGAGGGACGUUGUUGUUGUGGCUUAUAAGUUAAUUUAUAGAUGGGAUCCCUCAGCUCCAAGAAGAAUCAGACAGAGUGAUGUUUUGGCUAAGCAGGAGGAAUUAAUCUUAACUGGGGAGAGGGUUUUUCUGUCAACAAUUGCUUUUGAUCUCAAUGUCCAACUUCCUUACCAGCCACUUGUUGCUGUUCUGAAGAGAUUGGAUAUCUCAAAUAAGGAGCUUGCAAGAGUUGCAUGGAGUUUGGUAAAUGACUGGUUAUAUACUACGCUCUGCUUGCAAUACAAACCCCAUUGUGUUGCAGCUGGUUCUCUGUUCCUUGCUGCCAAAUUUCUGAACGUGAAGUUGCCUACAGAGAGGGGGAACGUUUGGUGGUUUCAAUUUGAGGUUUCACCUAAGCAAUUGGAAGCGGUUGUCCACGAUAUGCUUUGUUUGUUGGAGAAGAAAUGGAAACCAGCUUCACCACCUGUCCGUGGGAGGGGGGUGGAAUCUAAGACCGCAAUGCCGAAUAUCCCUCAGCCAGCCGUUGGAAGUGACUCAGGUUCCAUGAGCCGUGGAUCUACAAUUGGAGGAUUUGUUAACUCUGCCACAUCCAUUAACCAAGAGUCGGGCAUUACAAGUGUCUCAAGUGUUGCUGAGGGGACUGUUCCCAUAGCCACGGCCAAUUCUGAUCGACUUAUUAAAUCUGCAACUCCUAGUACCCCACUGUCAUGCUUCGUAACUAGCUCAAAUGCCUGUCGGUGUACUGCCCAAGGAGCUGUAGUGGGUGUUAAUCAUGCAAUGGCCAAGUUCAGUGAGAGUGGAGCUUACAGCCACUUCAAUUGUCGCAGAAAAGAAAGCUUAUUCUGUCAACCGAGCACUUCUGGGAGUGCAAAUAGUGCUGUUGAGGAUGGUGAUGGCCAGCCGAAAUCCCAGGGAUCGGAUCAGAACCCAGGUUUCAAAAUUGUUUCUGUUCGAGGUGGUUGUAUCAAGCUAGAUGUAAAUAGGAUUGGAGACUUGUUAAAGAAGAGGAAAGGGAAUAGAACUGUAAAUAAGAAGUUAGCAGAAGCGUCGGAUGAUGAGAUAGAGAGAGAGCUGGAAGAUGGAAUCGAGCUGCAAUGGCAAGCUGCCUCCAAGAACAAGAAAAUGAGGUUUUGAAGAUCCUGGGUUUGAGCUCAAGCAUUUUGUACUGUCUUUCCACUGUCGGAUUGGAUGCAACCUUUGCCUGUAAUCUCGGAUGUCUGUGCUAAGGAUAGCAUAGCUUAGGAUGAAUUGUGCUAUUGACUUUUGUUAGGGCAACCUACAUAUACAUGUCUUAAUUUUUUCACAAUUUAUUCAAAGUUGAUCAUUCUUUUAGGAAACAUUGGGAGAGUAGAUCACUAGAUUGGUUGUCCUCAGAGUGUACACUCGAUAGGGGAUGUAACUGUCUCUGUUAGAUAUGAAUACUUCUGCUACGGUUGUAAUAUAAAUUGAAGAAGAAAAAUGUGUUUGAUGAGUCCCAUAAAAGUGGGACACUUCGACCCACCACUUUAUUGACUAAAA